AUGGAUGUGGGCCCGGGUGAACCAAUUUCUAAUCUACGAUCACAAGAUGGCAUGGUGGAAAACCAGUCAAACCACGAGGGAGGAAUUCUUAUCAAGCCGAGCUCUAUACCAUGUGAAGAAAGCAGUGAGCAUGGGCAGGAUGUCGAAACAAUAGACCCAGCUCCGGAAGAAUCAAUUGUGGAAACAAGGAAAGUAUCUGAGAAGUCUAUGUUGGAAAAUUAUAAACCCGGGGACCUUCACGAUGAGGAUGAGCAUGCUGAGUUAGAACAGAAAUUGCAAGAACCAAUUAUUCUUGGCAGCCCAAUCGACUCGGAACAGGUAGAGGGAACCACGCGGAGCUAUGUUGGCGAUAUACCAGAUUAG